UUGUUUUAAAUUAUGAGUACUCCUUGUUGUGUUGCUGCUGCUGGGACAGUCCAUGGCGAAGAGUAGUAGCGGUCGUGGGUAUAGUAGGAGAUAUAGAAGUUCUGGCAAUUCAGGUAGCAGAUCCUCUGGGCAAUGAAAGGGAAAUACUACUAAAUGUGUUUUGAUUCCUAUAUGCUGAGUUGUUGGAUUCUUGUUCUUACUUGGGAUGUUUUCUUUAUUGAUUAUUUGCUGUAAAAAAGCAAAUAAGAAAUAUCAAGAGAUAUUAGAACAGAAAGCAAAAGAUAAGAAGUAUCAGCAGCAAGAGUUGAAAUAUAACAAGAUAGCCGAGGCAUCAAAAUUAAAUAAAUUACAAAAAGAUCAAGAAGAUCGAGUAAAGAACAAUCUUUACAUGAACCAGACUAACUACUCUAUAAACCAUCAACAAAAUAAUAAGUUUGUAGUUCCUGGAGCUCCGAUACAACCAGUGUCUCAAGAAGCGUUUCCUCAACCUGGAAUUAACAAUUACCAGCCAGUCCCAUUGAUAUAUGACCCUGAAGCUUAUGGUCUCAUAUAUGACAACAAUGAGACAGCCCCUCUACAGCAAUUUGCUCCAGACUUACAAAUAGGAAGAAAUGAAGGCGAUACAAAAGAGAUAGAUCCAAACAUAGGGAAGACUAAUAAAGUUGCUCCUAUAUAAAAAUUGAUGAAACUAACAAGAAAUG